CAUAUACUUUGUCAGGGGCACACCGAAAGACACUGGAUACCUUUCAUACAGAAAAGGUUACAUAUGUACUAUUCCCGAAGGAUAUAAGUUUUAAACCGUCAUCCAGCAUAAGAACUCGGUCUAUAUCGGGCGACUAUACAUACGCAAGAAGCUUAAAAUUUAAAGUUUAAAAAAAUUUAUGUUUAAAAUCCAAAAUUUACAAAAUGUAUUUAGUUAUUAUUUUAUACAUUUAUUAGGUAUACAUGUUUCAUUCGUAGAUAGCCUCUUGCCACGUUGUAUUCCGGAAACGUGAAUUGACUACGUUUAAAAUUAAUUAAUUAUAAAUUAUGGAAUUACAUUUAAAUAUAUAUUAUACGGAUACAACUAGCCAAUCAUUUAAAUAGCUAGGAUGGGAAACGAACUUACGCCUUACCAGAAACUGUAAGGCUAGAAAAAGCCACAGAAACUUUCGCCUUGGUUUUUAUAGGAAUAGGCUCAGUCGGGAACGAUUUACGAAAACAGAUUGUGGUAUUCGAUAGUUAAGUCGUUUGGAAAUACUGAGACUUUCUUAAAUUGUUAUUUUUUAUCUGUGGUUCUGUUGCUGCAGUUGGUACGUCUUUCAUUUUGACACGACAUUUCGACAACAAAAUAACAAAAGAUCAAAAUAAAUUCAAUUGAGUGAAGUUGCUGCAGCCGGGUAAACGAAGGUGCAAAAUAAUCUUUUUAAAUUUAAAACAUCGGACUUUACUGUAACUUGAAAACGAAUUGUAUAUUUUUUUCGUGUAUUACCUGUAUGGGGCUUAAUAUUAUUUUUCAUUUUCUUAUAUUCGUAAUUAAAACAAAUUCGUUGACAUAUACGUAAACCAGAGGAUUUCGUUGGGCGUAAAAAGAAAAUGGCGUGUGCUACAUUAAAAAGAAAUCUGGAUUGGGAGUCUAAGGCGCAAUUACCUACAAAGAGAAGAAGAUGUUCACCAUUUGCAGCAAGUCCAAGCACAAGUCCUGGGUUAAAAACAUCAGAAUCGAAACCAUCUUCAUUUGGAGAAUCCGUUAGUGCACCUGUGAAAAUUACCCCAGAACGCAUGGCACAAGAGAUUUAUGAUGAGAUUAAACGACUGCAUAGACGUGGACAGCUGCGCCUGGCCAACGGCUCUGCUGCAUCAUGCUCAUCAUCAAGUGGAUCCGAAGGAGACUGUUCACCGCCUCAUCAAUCAGCUCAUGGCCCACAACGUGCCCGCACUCGUGCACUAUUCACUUUUAAACAGGUUCGUAUGAUCUGUGAGCGAAUGCUCCAUGAUCAGGAGGUGGCUCUACGUGCUGAGUAUGAGUCUGUACUCAGCACCAAGCUUGCUGAACAGUAUGAAGCCUUUGUGAGGUUCAACCUGGAUCAGGUGCAGCGCCGACCCCCGCCCAGCACGUGCAUGUCGCUCGGUAUGGACGCCGAACACAUGCACCAGGACCUCGUACCCAGCUGUGAGUAUUUGUUACAAAGUUGUCCUUUUACACAAGCUCUUGCCCGUGGAUACCAUUUGGUUCUCUGCUUUGUGAAAAAAUGUUACUUCAAAAAAAUGGUUUUACCUUUGUUAUUGAGGUUUGGGCCUCUUAUGUUAACUUCAUGUACAAGGUGAAGUAAUUAAAACACACAUAUGUUUAUUGACAGUUCUCAGGAUCAAAAUUAUAGUAUCACUGUACAUACAAUAUAUGCUUGCUGUUUGCAUACUGAAUAGGUGUCGCUCUUUACUAUAUAAUUGCUUCACGUAUAGUCUCGCUUCGCGUUCUUGUAUUCGGUUUGAUUAUUGUCGCACCUUUGUUCUUGUGCAUAUAGGCCCCUUAGUAUGGUGCGAUUUAUGAUACGACCUCAAUCAAUAUCGUUCGUCUACCCUCAUUUAGAUGACGUUAUUGUGCUAUUUUUUGGUUGUUAGGGCCACUAAUUGAUAAGAGAUGGCUCCAGUGCCAAUAGGUGCGAAUUUUACAAUUAUAAUCACAAAAGCAAGCAGUUUCACAUUGUAAAAUUUUCCGGAUAUUGAUAUCUUUGUCUUAUCCUUUAAUUAUAUGAUUUAUUAAGUAAAAAACAAAAGAAAUGUGUACUGUUAAAACAAUCACAAUCCUAGAUUUUCGAUUUUCUGUAAUAGUUCAUUGUAAUAUAGUUUUACCAGAGACGUCUUAAGAUUUCUACAUCACUGAAAAGUAACUUAAGGUUCAGAUAAAUUCAAGCUGACACUGAUAUUGAUAAUCAUAAAUGUAGUUUAAAAACUAAAAAGACACAUAAAUAGCAAAUCGAGCUAACUAUUGAAGUUGUUGUGGCCUUAAGCAUAAAACGCUUGGUGCUUACCAAGGGAUGCACAAUAAACACAUAAUAAAAUUGUGUUAACAAACAUUUAGAGUUUUUUGUCCACUGAUAAUAAAGUAUUAUGCUUUACCUAUAUAAAAAUAAUUUAUUAUUUUAUAAAGAGUAGAGUUCAUCCAUACUACCUGGAGCCACUGCGGUCAUCCACAGUGCGUUUCCAGAGAUCUUUUUUGCCACGUACCAUCCGGCUAUGGAAUGAGCUCCCCUCCACGGUGUUUCCCGAGCGCUAUGACAUGUCCUUCUUCAAACGAGGCUUGUGGAGAGUAUUAAGCGGUAGGCAGCGGCUUGGCUCUGCCCCUGGCAUUGCUGAAGUCCAUGGGCGACGGUAACCACUCACCAUCAGGUGGGCCGUAUGCUCGUCUGCCUACAAGGGCAAUAAAAAAAAAAAAAAAAAAAUCGGUUUUCAGAUCUGUCCUAAUAACAACAUGAGGCGGAAACGUGGUGUGACGCCGCCAAUAUAUCAAGACAAACAUAUUUUCGUAUAUGUGAAUAAUGUAUGCGGGAGAAUAAGUAUCUUAACAAAUGAAGACAUUGUGAUUGCGGCGGAGUUCGACUGGGACUUGUAUUGUUUGAUGCACUAGUAAAAAAAUGUAAUACAAAUGACCAACUACAGAAUUUUCAACAUAUUGACAGAAAUUUGUCAUGUUACAAACUUUACUUAGUGUAUAAAAUUUUAUUAUACACAUUAACUGUUGAAAUGUACAUUUUAUUCAAAGUCUGUACCACUAAAAGUGUAAAAAGAAGUUUAAUGCAUUCUCUGCAAUGUUGCAAGUUAAAUUAUUCUUAAGAAUAAGAUAAAUUUGUAUAAAUACAGAGAUGAUAUUAAGAGUAAGCAGUUUGUUUGCGUGCAUUGUUAACACAAUAUUUUGUCCUGGUUGAAUUCCGUGGUUCAUGCCACAUAAACAUAAUUAGCUUAUAACGCUUUAGAUAAGGUUCGCUGGAUAAUUGUGUUCAUAGACUGGGACGAUGGCGACUGCGUUCGCUAUAAAGUAUUGAUUUAAACGUAUGCCACGCAUUUGAAUUGAAAAUUGUACUGAGAUGUUAUUAAUGUUUAAAAAAAAAACUGGUCUUUUGUUAACAAUAUGGCCAAUGUUAUGGUCAUUGUUGUAUAUGUCAUAGUAAUUUGACAAGUAGGAUUUGAAUUUUCGAAUCAAAAAUAUAUACAAACGUUUUAUAUUUACGUUUUCUAAACAAACGGACCUGUAGUUUAGUAUAUAAUAACAUGAUAAAUUCACGCAGAGUGCCUCUUUAAAUCAUUGUCCUCAAGAGUUUGUGAAUUAGUUAGCCAUAAUUAUUUUGAAUGGUAUGAUUUACUUUUUUAUUGUAUUUUAAUGUUGUCGAAUUAUAGUUAUAGUUUUUUUUUUCGUCGUUGCUAGUAGUUGCAAAUGCGACAAGCUUCGACGGAAUGGCCUUCGUAUCAGAUGUCUGGUAAUUUGUAAUCUAAUGUAUUUGUAAAAUGGUCAUGGCCGAAAUUUAUCACUCAUUUUUUGUGUUUUAUUCAUACUGAUACACGGCUUACUAGAAAAUUAAUAAUUAAUUAGCUUUAUUUAAGACUUUCUAAGUUAUUUUUUUGCUCUCAAUAAUGCACCGUUUUAGCUAAUGUCGCCGCACACGGAUUCUGCGCGACACAUUGACAAACAUUAUUGGGAUUUGUUUUAUAUUAUUGUUUAGUUAAAAAAAAACAUUUUGAUUGAAUACGAAAACGAUGAUUUGUUACCAAGCAUUAUUCAAUGAAAAUAGGAUAGGAUUUUUUUAAAUUGUAUUAUCAGCUCAUUAUUAGUAGGUUAUUGGCGUUUAAGAACUGAAAUUAAAUUAGCUAAACACCCAGAA